AGCCAGCUGAGCCAGCAAACAGCAAAUAUGGCCACGACCAUGCUUCACAAACACAGAGUUUCUGUGUUGUUUUCGUUCGGUAGAUCUUUGUUCGUGAGGCUAAAUGUUUUGCAGGGUGAAUUUGGUCUACAUCAAAAAUGCAGUGGUUAUUCUCGCCCCAUCAACACUCUGUCAGCUUCUGAGGCGAUAGCAGAAAUUAAAAAUAUGCCUGAUGAGUCAAGACCAAUGCCUGCGAAGAAGCCAAUCAGCAAGGCAAUGAAAGCGUACUUGCUCCAAGCUAAAAACUAUGAUGAAUUCAUGAAGAAGCAGAACACUGAAUUUCAAAUUGGCAGGCGACAUUUGGCAAACAUUAUGAGCAUGGAUGCUGAUACAAUGUCACAAGAGGACAUUGAUCAAGCAAUUGAGUUUCUGUUUCCUUCUGGAUUGUAUGAGCCCCGUGCAAGACCUAUGAUGAAGUCGCCAGAACUGAUUUUCCCACCUAAAAAAGCAGCCGAGUUUGAUGAGUCUGGUCGUCCGUAUCAUUCACUUUUUUACACAAUGAAUCCAAAUUUUUACGGACUUCUUCAGGACGCGGUGACGGAAUACAUCGGCCUAAACAAAGAGGAGGAUAACAUGAUCAGGAAAAGAAUUUCCUUUAGUAGUGACAUGAAAAUCAUACUCAGUGGAAGUGACUGGCUGUCACAAGAGAAAUUAUCGAAUCUGCUCAUUGAACAGAUUGAUGACGCUCAGUACGAGCAGUUUAAAAACGUCAUGUUGAGGCUGGCUGAGCACCCACUCUCCAACAAGGUGAAAGAUUUCAUUAUGAAGUACAGGUAUUCACUUGUCAAUGAAGCUGCUUUGGCUGAAAUCCCAAAGCCUUCUUAUGAGAAAGAUGGAAGGGCCUACGUAACUUUCAAAGGUGCGCGGAGGAAAAACGCUUACGCAGAUGUCACUGUGCACAUGCCUGGCACAGGGAAGUUUUUGAUCAAUGACUGUGACAUUGAGUACUUUCAAGAUAUCCAAAGCCGGGAACAAAUUACCUUCCCGCUCAUUUUCACUGCUUUGUUGGGCAAGGUCGAUGUGACUGCCACAGCAAUUCAAGGUGGAACCACUGGUCAAUCGGGAGCAGUCCGAUACGGUCUUGCAAUGGCCCUUCGUAGCUUUGUUGACGACAAAAUGGUUGAAAGAAUGAGACUAGCUGGACUGCUACAAGUGGACUGGCGAACAAGGGAACGGAAGAAGCCGGGCCAGCCAGGUGCUAGACGUAAACCAACAUGGAAGGCUCGUUAAUGGCUUAUGAUCCAAACCUUGAUGAAUUGGGAGCAUUUGAUAGUUUCACAAGCUAAAAGACAUUGUCGAAAAGUCGUAUUUGUCUAAAUUUAAACCAACUUUAACUGAAAUCAGCUUUCCUUGGCUAAUUUAUAGGCAGAAGUAAUUUGUUGAAUUAAAAUUCAACUCUAUAAGACCAUGCGUAACUUUGAGAGAAAAACGCCUUGGUAGAAAAUAACAAAUUUUCAUAUAAAUUUCCUGAAAGCACUGAAUAGAGCUUCAAAAACUAUUUGUGCCCCCUUAAUUUAGUCAUGUUUAGGUAUUAGACCCUGAUGAUUCUCCUCAUAUUUUGAUGCAAAAAUUUCCCUUUCAUAUAUAUAUAAACGAAAAGAAAGUAAAUUUUAUCGCAGGAAUAUUUGGUUUUAAAUCAAUGGUUAAAAAAUUUUUUUCCAGUAGUAUUUUAUUGUUUUUAACAAAGGGUUGAAACAUCACAAUUAUAUUUGUACAUGGCACCAGAAAAGCGAUUACUAAGACUUAACUAACACUAAUAAAAUAAUAUCAGUUAUAUAUUUGUGGAGUA